ACUGAUAGACACCGGUGCCCGUCGCUCCAAACAAUUUGGGUUCCACGAAAAUAUCGACCGCUUCCCACCGUUUUCCGUCCAGCCAUGAAACAGGCUCUACUCGAAUUGAUGAGGAUGAGCAGAAUUUGCCGGAUGGUCCUCGCCACUUGUUUGGGAUCUUUUGUUCUGGUCAUCUUUUAUUUCCAAAGUAUGUUCCAACCAGUCAUGCGCAGGAACCCAUUUGCAGCAGACGUGUGCUGCCCGAAAGGCUCGCGGAAUGCACUGCAGGAGCUGUACAACCCCACGCAGUCGGAGUUCACGGGUGCUGCGUUCCUGCACCAGACGCGACGGGACCAGGUGGCGGAGACCUGCCGGGCCCACAGCGCCUCCAGCCGGAAGCGGCGCGUGCUGACCCCCGCCGACCUCAAGCACCUGGUGGUGGACGAGGAGCACGAGAUGAUCUACUGCUACGUGCCCAAGGUGGCCUGCACCAACUGGAAGCGGGUGAUGAUGGUGCUGACGGGCCGGGGCCGCUACAGCGACCCCAUGGAGAUCCCGUCCAACGAGGCGCACGUGCCCGCCAACCUCAAGACGCUCAACCAGUACAGCAUCCCCGAGAUCAACCACCGGCUCAAGAGCUUCCUCAAGUUCCUGUUCGUGCGCGAGCCCUUCGAGCGGCUGGUGUCGGCCUACCGCAACAAGUUCACGCUCAAGUACAACGGCUCCUUCCACAAGCGCUUCGGCACCAAGAUCGUGCGGCGCUACCGGCGCAACGCCACGCAGGAGGCGCUGCAGAGCGGCACCGACGUCAAGUUCCAGGAGUUCGCCGAGUACCUGACGGACCCGGCCACCGUGCGGGAGGCCCCGCUCAACGAGCACUGGGAGACGGUCUACUCCCUCUGCCACCCCUGCCACAUCCACUACGACCUGGUGGGCAAGUACGAGACCCUGGAGGAGGACGCCAACUACGUCCUGCGGCUGGCCGGGGUGGGCGACUACCUCCGCUUCCCCACCUACGCCAAGUCCACCCGCACCACGGACCAGAUGACGGCCGAGUUCUUCCACAACAUCAGCUCUCAGCAGCAGAGGCAGCUCUACCAGCUGUACAAGAUGGACUUCCUCAUGUUCAACUACUCCACGCCCAGCUACCUGAAGAUGCAAUGA